GCAACUGGUAUCCACGAGUUUAUGCGAGUCUGGCCUUUGGUCUGGCGCCCUGAGUAGGUUUUUUUUGGUGCCGCUCGUGCAAAUCAAUAAAAUUAUUUUCAAGGUCAAUUCAGACAUAGAAAAAUAAAUACAAAAUACGAGAUAGAGUUCUUUAUAAGGCAAAUCAUGGUAGAAAGUUGACUUUUAUCCCGGAUCUGAAUGUAUAGUCAAAUGUCAUAUCACUUUUAAUCGCACGUUUCUCCUGGAUAAAUCUCAUUUGAGAUUUCGGUUAAUAAAAGUGAUAAGAAUCAUAAAAAGUGUUCGACUGUGCUUCAAAAAGAAAAUUAUUUGAGUGCGAAACGUGCUGGAAAUGUAAAUCAGCUGAUUAAAUUAUAUUUGACACGGCAUUUUUAACUGUGAUCUCAGGAACUUUAUAAGGGGACCAAAUUUUCAAAAUGCAGAGGGCAAUGGUGAUGUUGAAUGAAGUGCCAACGGAGGUUAUUACAUUAGGUCGAUGGAUAGAGGAAGGAUUAGCACCAGAUGGAAAAAAAGAUGUAGUUGUUAUCAUACCAGGAAAUCCUGGAAUUCCAAUAUUCUAUGAAGAAUUCAUCAAGUCUCUCAAAUCGAAAUUGCCUCCAGAAACUCCAGUUUGGAUCCUCGGAUAUGCUGGAUUUGUUCAACCUGCCAGCAAACUCAUCACCCUACCCGCAAACAAACAUCUUUACGAUCUGAGGGGACAAUUAGAUCACAAGGCUGAGUUUAUCAAAAAGUACGUCCCAGAAGACGCGAGACUUCACCUUGUAGGACAUUCAAUCGGCUGUUGGUUCAUUUUAAAUUUGCUGAGAGAUGAAGCUAUCGCAAAGCGAGUAACAAAAUGUUAUUUUUUAUUCCCAACGGUUGAACGCAUGGCAGAGAGUCCAAAUGGUCGUUUCUUGAUCAACAUUGUACUGAAAAUUGCAACUUUGUUGGUCUUCCUGUCCUGGAUUCUGUCUUUGUUUCCUACAUUCCUACAAUAUUUUCUGGUGUCCACCUUUGGAUUCUUUUAUGGUUAUCCAAGAAAAAGUACAAACGCGAUUCUUCAACUACUUCAACCACCAGUUUUGCGGAAAGUUUUCGCCCUGGCCAAGCAGGAAAUGGCAGUUGUGAAGGAACUCGAUGCAGAUCUUGUGACCCAACACAAGGAAAAACUUUGGUUUUAUUAUGGAAGCAAAGACGGUUGGGUGCCGGUUAGUUAUUAUCAAAAUAUGCGAGCUAGAUUUCCAGAUGUCGAUAUGCAACUUUGUAAGCGAGGUUUUUAUCAUUCCUUUGUACUCAAAAACUCGAAUGAUAUGGGCCAGCUUUUGGGGAAUGUGAUAAGUGAAAGUAUUUCUUAAGUAGAAAGCUUGAUAGAAAAUUAUGGGUUUUUUUUUCUCUAAAAAUAAACUUUUGUAAACUUCAUAGAGCUGAGUAAAAAUUAAAUUGAAUCCAACGGUAGACAUUUUUUUAUGUAACGAAAGACUUUAAAGUGCAUUUCUGUUCUUAUCUGAUACGUGAUUUAUUUACUUAGCACUAUAAUAAUUUAUUAAUUAUCUGAUACAUCACAAAAGGAUUUAAAAAGUGAUAUUAAAGUGAGUAUACUAAUUUUAUUAUAGAUGGUGGAAAGGUGCAUUUAAUUACAAAGCUGUAUUUUUCUUUGUAUUAUAUUUUUAUUAUGUCAUAAAGUCUUAGGAAAUAAUUAAGUUAAUUUUCAUGAAAAUAUUAUAUUUAAAUGGUAGAAAGGCUAAUCGGGGGUUAUUAGGUUACAAAGGUUUGACGCCUAUAUGAAUCAAACAGUAAACAUGUAAAAAAUGUUCUGCAGAAUGUUAGGUAAUUUUUUAUCAAAUUGACAAUAAAGCCAAUUUAGAGUACUAGUGC